GCGGCAGAGGCUUCCCGCACGGGUGGCUGAUCCCCGCGCCCCUCUACCCCUCCCCGCCCUCCCCGCUUCCCUCUCCUCCCUCUCCUCCCUCGCCUCCCUCGCUCCGGCCCCGUUUUCCUCCCUCCCCCCCGCCUCCACCCCAGGCCCGCGCCCCACCUGGUCCGGGCCAGCUGUGCCCGGCGUGGGUGGGUGUCCCGCGAUGGAGCUGCUGCCGCCGGACCCCGCCGCACCGAGCCCCGCUCUCAGCCCCGCCGGCGUGCGCGGGGGCGCCGAGCGUCCGAGCCACCUCCCGGGCCUCCGGCUGGGAGCUCAGGGCCUCUUGGGGUCCCCGGAGCGUGCGGCCACUUUCUCGCCGGUCGCCACCCUCACCCAGACCAUGCACGACCUCGCUGGACUCGGCAGGGAGGCCCCAAAGAGUCAGGUAGGCAGCCUGCUCACAUGCCUAUCCCUGUCCCCGCGGCGAGCGUCAGCAUCCUCCCUGUCGUCUGAGUCCUCUGAAUCUUCUGAUGCAGGGCUCUGCAUGGAUUCUCCCAGCCCCAUGGACCCCCAGAUGGCGGAGCAGACGUUUGAGCAGGCCAUCCAGGCAGCUAGCCGGUUCGUUCGAAGGCAACAGUUCCCCAUCCGACGCUUCCAGUCCUUGCCGGUGAGGCUUCUGGGCCACAGCCCUGUGCUACGGAACAUCACCAAUGCCCGAGCGCCUGGCAGCUGGAAGAAGAGUGAGGCGCGUGACCAAACUCCCCACAGCUCCGAGGAGGAUAAGGAGAAUGAUGGGUUCGUCUUCAAGAUGCCAUGGAAGCCCACACAUCCCAACCACGCCCAUGCUCUGGCUGAGUGGGCCAACCGCAGAGCAGCCUUUGCCCAGAGGCCAAGCUCGGCCCCCGACUUGAUGUGCCUCACCCCUGAGCGGAAGAUGGAAGUAGAGGAGCUGAGUCCCCUGGCCCAGCGCUUCCCCCUGACCCCCACCAAGGGAGUUCCCGACGAAGAUGAUGGGUUUGUGGACAUCCUGGAGGAUGACUUAGAGGACGCUGAUUCAGUUCCCCCAGGCAUGGAGAGCCUCAUUAGCGCCCCACUGGUCAAGACUUUGGAAAAGGAGGAGGAGCAGGACUUCAUCAUGUACAGCAAGUGCCAGCGGCUCUUCCGCUCUCCGUCCAUGCCCUGCGGUGUGAUCCGGCCCAUCCUCAAGAGACUAGAGCGACCCCAGGACAGGGACCUGCCCGUACAGAACAAGCGGAGGAAAAGUGUGACCCCUCUGGAGGAGCAGCAGGAGGCCGAGGAACCUAAAGCCCGGGUCCUUCGCUCCAAGUCCUUGUGUCACGACGAGAUCGAGAACAUCCUGGACAGUGACCACCGCGAACUGAUCGGGGAUUACUCUAAGGCCUUCCUCCUACAGACUGUGGAUGGGAAGCACCAAGACCUCAAGUACAUCUCACCAGAAACGAUGGUGGCCCUGCUGAUGGGCAAGUUCAGCAACAUCGUGGAGAGGUUUGUGAUUGUGGACUGCAGAUACCCCUACGAGUAUGAAGGCGGGCACAUCAAGACUGCUGUGAACCUGCCCCUGGAACAGGACGCCGAGACGUUCCUGCUGCAGAGCCCCAUCACACCCUGUAGCCUGGACAAGAGGAUCAUCCUCAUUUUCCACUGUGAAUUCUCAUCUGAGCGUGGGCCCCGCAUGUGCCGUUUCAUCAGGGAGCGAGAUCGAACCAUCAAUGACUACCCCAGCCUCUACUAUCCUGAGAUGUACAUCCUCAAAGGCGGCUACAAGGAGUUCUUCCCGCAGCACCCGACCUUCUGUGAACCCCAAGACUAUCGGCCCAUGAACCACGAGGCCUUCAAGGACAAGCUGAGGACCUUCCGCCUCAAGACGCGCAGCUGGGCUGGGGAGCGGAGCCGGAGGGAGCUCUGCAGCCGCCUGCAGGACCAGUGAAAGGCCAGCCACCGACUCACCUACCUUCAUUGCCUCGAGUGGCCUGGGCACCAGCUACCCAGAGGCUUGUAAUAGUGAGGAUCUGCUGGAGGCCCCAGGACAGUGAGGGUGUCCUGUCCAUGCGCCCCAGCCCUGAUCCCCUUGUCUCACUCCAACCAUACUCCAUACCCUGGUGCCACCCCUCUACCAACACCCCAUCUCCUAGAAGAAACCAGCCUGUUGACAGUGAAAUUGGAUUAUGUCCAGCUCAAAGGAAGUAUUUUGUGUCCAACAGGAAUCUUUUGCUUUUCUUCUUCCUUGUUCGGGUUAACCCUUUGUCUCCCUGUGUCCAGAAAAGUCCCCCUUUUCCCUAGAGGCUUUGUUUGUAUGUUUGAGGCUGAGGGAAACCACAGCCCCAAGAUGGGCCAGAGCCGCACUCCUCCCUGCCCUAGGAGUAGUGCCCUGGCCCUCAGUGGCACUCCUAUGUGUGUCUGCCUGUUCCUGCUUUCUCGUUCCCUCUUUCCUGUCCCUCCUUACGUACACCUCCAGCACAAACGUAAGCUCUUACUCUUCCUGUUUCAGUGUUACCUGCAUGCCUGACUUGUCUGUCUGAUUUUUUUGCCCAUCUCAGGUCAUUCACAGGUGGUCAAGCGGUCACCUGAAGGGAGGGCUGCCCCACCCAAAGUUACCCAUUAGGCUCUCCCGGUCCAGUUGGGGUUAUGGACUCAAACCUUAAUUACCCACUUGGCCUGUCUUCUGUUGCCUCGGAAAGGGAUGUUAUACUUGGGGGCCCCUGGGUGAGGGCUAAGGCCUGCGUCCUUAACCUCACUGGAAGCCCAGCCCCCACUGCUGUGAACCCUGGGGCCUGACUUGUGAGAACUUGCUGCUGUCUUGUCAUGAAUGAACAGAUGGAUGGACAAACGGAUGGAUGAUAAAUGGAUGGAGAGCUGUAGAUGCACAACGCCUCGCACAUAAACCACUGCGUGGAAGCAUUUCAGUGAGCGUGACAGCCUUCGGCGGGAGUAUAUAUGUGUCUGUCUGGACAAAAUCUUUACACUUUAAGGUUUGAAAAUAUUCAAGAGGAAAUGUCGAGGUGGCAGCUAAACCAAGGUCAGAACCACCUCUGACUUUUUAAUCUCAGGAUGUGGGAAGGGCUGUGCUUGAAGGCCCUGAUGAGUCAUCUGUUAGGGCCUUGUUUCAAUAAAGCACUGAACAAGUUGA